CAUCUACUUCCGCUAGUUAUCCUAUCCUACGACACAACCUCCGAAUAUUUCCACUUUAUUCCCCUCCGGCCCUCCUUUUACUUGCACUAUUUUUUUUUAAAUCUUAUAAUUGUUUCCAUUGUUACUUUUUAAUCUUAUAAUGUUAAUAAUCUAUCGGUGGAAAAGCUAUUUACGGUCUUUUUAAUUUGUUAAAAAAAUCGUCCAUACGUCUACUUCCGGGAGAUGGACCUGCCCCUGAGGUACUUUUUACAUGAGUCAUUUUUGUGUAAUUGGAACUGUUUAGCUGUGUUACACGGGGGAUUUCAUAUUUAAUCACCCGUAAUAUGUUAUAAAAUUAUAUUACACGUCGUCGAGUGAAAAGCAAAAUCUACAAAUUCACGUGUGUCAAUUUUAAACCUCCUCUGCUUCCGCCAGUUAGCCCCGGCCUCUUGACGUACCUUCCUGUAAACAGAGCAGCUGUAUCGCGUUUUUGUUGUUUUUCUCCGUGCCACGUCCCUUCCAACUUCUUCACGUCGGGGGACGAUGGCCCAGGCGGGGGUGGUCCUGGACCAGGACCAGUUCACCUGCUCUGUGUGUCUUGAUGUCCUGCGAGAGCCGGUGACCAUCCCGUGCGGCCACAGCUACUGCUCCGACUGCAUCCGCAACUACUGGGACCAAGACGAAUACCUCGGCGUGUUCAUGUGCCCUCAGUGCCGACAAAGCUUCAGCCCGAGGCCGGCCCUGGCCCGCAGCACCUUGCUAGCCGACGUCGUGGAUCGAUUCAAGCGAAGCGGACUCCAGGAGGUCCUGGCAGGCGGAGGGGGGCAACAACAACAACAACAAAGCCUGGCGGAGGCCAGCGACGUGGAGUGCGACGUGUGCCCCGAAAGGAAGAACAAGGCGGUCAGCUCGUGCCUGGUGUGCCUGGCGUCGUAUUGCCAGCUGCACGUCCGGCCGCACCAUGAAUCGGCCGUGUUCAAAAAGCACAAGCUGGUGUCGGCCUCCAAGAGGCUCCAGGAGAGCGUGUGCCCGCGUCACGAUAAGCUGCUGGAGGUCUACUGCCGCACGGAUAAGCAGUGCAUCUGCUCCAUGUGCCUGACGGAUGAACACAAGGGACACGAUACGGUGCUGGUCGAGGUGGAAAUAGAACUGCAGAAGAGACAGCUUGCUGAGAUGAAGCUGGGCUCGCAGCAGAGCAUUCAGCAACAAGAAAAGGCGGCUCAGAAGCUGAGACAAACUAUCUUCUCUCUCAAUCAUUCAGCUCGGCUGGCGGCCGAGACGAGCGACAGCGUCUUCAGCGACCUUGUCCGCUGUGUGGAGUUGAAGCGCUUCGAGGUGCGCGAGCUAAUCAAGGCCCAGCAGAAGCAGGUGGUGAGUCAGGCGCAGCACAUUCUGGAGACGAUCCACAAGGAGGUCGCCGAGCAGAAGAGGCGAGAGGCCGAACUUGACCGGCUGGCCCUCGCCGAUGACCACCUGCAAUUCCUUCAGAGCUGUCAGUCCCUGGAUGCUUUGCCACCUGCAUCGUCUACUAUGCCUGCCAUCGCCACGGAGCCCGCCCUGACGUUUGACGCUGCCACAAAAGCCGUCUGCGACUUUAAAGAGCUCUUGCAAGAGGUUUGCCAGGAUGGAUUUGUCAGCAUCUAUGAGAAAGUGAGAGAAGUGGUGAUCAGUGCUCCGUCCAACCUGCCCGUCCACGCGACCACGCCCUCGGCCGGCUCGACCACGCCCUCGGCCGACGUCCAGCCCGCUGACAAAAUGGAGGAGGCCGAGUUCCUGUCACCUGGCCUGGACCAAAGCUGCGUAAGCCCCCUCAACCCUUUCCUGAACCCAGGACCUCCUGUACCCAUGUUUGUGUUCUCAUCUUCUGGCUCCAAAAUGUCUUCAGCCUCCAGGCAUCGGCACCUCCAGCGCCGCCCCCAAGCCAGAAAGAAAGCCACGCCCAUUUUGAACCCUCAAGGGAGUAAGAUGGCGGCAGGUGCGGCGGCGACUACCUCCACUAUAUCCGUGGAACAGGACCAGUUCACCUGUUCGGUAUGUCUGGAGGUUUUGCGGGACCCGGUGACCAUCCCCUGCGGCCACAGCUAUUGCCUGAGCUGCAUCGAGGACUACUGGAGUAGAGUCAAGCCGCAGAAAGCCCCCCAAUAUAGCUGCCCGCAGUGCCGCCUGGAGUUCAAGCCCAGACCGCUGCUCAAUCGCAACACCGUUUUGGGAGAUCUGGUGGAGAAGUUCCUACAGAGCGGAGGCCAAGAGCAGCCGGCCGACGAGCGCCUCCGUGGGGGACGGGGACACGGCGUGGUGGUGGCUCCAAAGAUUCACAACGAGUCCGGUGUUGUCAGAGAGAAGUUGUGCCCGCAGCAUCAAAGGCCAGUGAGGAGCUACUGCCGCGCAGACCAUCAGGGCGUGUGCUCGCGCUGCCUCAAAGGCCAACACAAGAACCACGACACAGUUCGGCUGGCGGACGAGCGGGUAGCACAACAGAAAAAACUUCAAGAAGCAUCUUUGAAGUGCACGCAGAACAUCAAGGACGUGGAGAAAGAGCUUCGCUAUGUGGUCAGAUACAUCAAACACGCCACUGAGGCAGCCGAGGAGGAGAGCGACAGGGUCUUCUCCAAGCUGCUCCGCGCCAUCGAGAAGCAGCGCUGCGACGUGCAGGAGGCCAUCCGAGGGCGCGAGCGGGCGGCUCUGGCGCAGACGGAGCAGCUGUUGGAGAAGCUGGAACGCGAGACGGCCGAGGUGCGGAGGAGCGAGGCCGAGCUGGAGAAACUCUGCCGGAGCGAUGACCACCUCCACUUCCUUCAGAAGUGCAAAGCCCUUCAUUUCCCAUCCAAACGAGUGCAGAUGCCCAACACGGACACGUUCCCGUACUUGAUGUAUAAAACCAUGCGAGGAGGUCUAGCGGAGCUGCGAGACGGUCUGGACGAAAGCCUCCAGAGAGAAUUUGACAGAAUCUCCGAUAAAGUGGUUUCACUCAAGGAAACCAGCGUUCCAAAUGAAAAGACGAAAGUAACAAUCGAUGCUCACAUACUAUAUGACUCAGAACCAAAGACGAGAGAGGAAUUUUUACACUACUACCAGGACUUAACCCUGGACCCCAACACAGCCAAUCCUUACCUGAGCUUGUCCGAGGGCCACCGGGCGGCGACCACGCGUUCCGAGGCGCAGCCGUACCCGGAGCACCCGGAGCGCUUCAGCAGCUGGGCGCAGGUACUGUGUCGCGCCGGCAUGGCGGGUCGCUGCUACUGGGAGGUGGCGUGGGCCGGCAAGGGCGGGGCAUCCGUCGGCGUGUGCUACCGCAGCAUGAGCAGGAGCGGCGGAGGCAGCGACAGCAAGUUGGGCCACAACGCCAAAUCCUGGAGCCUGGACUGCUCCGACGCCGCGUGCACUUUCCGCCACAACAAGCAGAGCCUGAGCGUGGCCGCGCCGUGCGGGAACAGGAUAGGAGUGUAUCUGGACUUCAGGGCCGGCGUUUUGUCCUUCUACAAUGUUUCCGAGGGCAUGCUUCUGCUUCACGGCGCCCACGCUAGCUUCAGUCAGCCGGUGUUCCCGGGAUUUUGGGUGGGGUUGGGAUCGACUCUGAAGCUGUGCUCUCUGUAAUUGUGAAGCCUAAAUGCUGCUCACUUCAUCAGGUAUAUAUUCUAUACACGGUUUAUUAUUAGUAGAUAUACCAAAAAGUUACUUUUU